AUGAAAACAUUAGCAAGACUCGUUCUGGGACUUGUCAUCUUGGAUGCUGCUGUGACCGCCCCAACUCUAGAAUCCAUCAACUAUGACUCAGAAACCUAUGAUGCCACCUUAGAAGACCUGGAUAAUCUAUACAACUAUGAAAACAUACCAAUGGGUCAAGCUGAGAUUGAAAUAGCGACAGCGAUACCUUCGGGGAACAGAGAGCUCCUCACCCCGCCACUACAGCCAAAGGAUGCUGAAGAGGAAGAGGAAGAGGAGUCCACCCCCAGACUGAUUGAUGGCUCUUCUCCACAGGAGCCUGAAUUCCCUGGGGUUCUGGGCCCACACACCAAUGAAGACUUUCCAACCUGCCUUCUGUGUACUUGUAUAAGUACCACUGUAUACUGUGAUGACCAUGAACUUGAUGCUAUUCCUCCGCUGCCCAAGAACACUGCUUAUUUCUAUUCCCGCUUUAACAGAAUUAAAAAGAUCAACAGAAAUGAUUUUGCAAGCCUAAAUGAUCUAAGGAAGAUUGAUCUGACGUCAAAUUUAAUAUCUGAGAUUGAUGAAGAUGCAUUCAGAAAGCUACCUCGACUCCGAGAGCUUGUCCUGCGUGACAACAAGAUAAGGCAGCUCCCAGAAUUGCCAACCACUUUAACAUUUAUUGAUAUUAGCAACAAUAGACUUGGAAGGAAAGGAAUAAAGCAAGAAGCAUUUAAAGAUAUGUAUGAUCUCCAUCAUCUCUACCUCUCCGAUAACAACUUGGAACACAUCCCUCUGCCACUCCCAGAAAAUCUACGGGCCCUUCACCUCCAGAAUAACAACAUUCUGGAGAUGCGUGAAGAUACCUUCUGCAAUGUUAAAAAUUUGACUUAUAUUCGUAAGGCACUAGAGGAUAUUCGAUUGGAUGGAAACCCUAUCAAUCUCAGCAAAACUCCUCAAGCCUACAUAUGCCUACCUCGUUUGCCUAUUGGGAAUCUUGUCUAA